AAUCGACGACGACGAGGACAUUCCUAUCUCAGACCUGAACACCACACUCGUCCUCCAGACUCGAUACCGAAAUAAUUUUAGCCCAGCAUGGCAGUCGGUACACAGUCCUUCCUUCAUCUUGCGCGGCCACUAGCUCCCGCUUCCAUUGGUGUUCAGCCAACCACCGCACCUCUAAAUGUUAUAAUUCAACCCCAAGUACGUUUUUUUCCUGACCCAAAAUUCCCUUCUGGGGAGACUAACAAGGAUAAAAAUAGGCCGUCUUCUCCAUUCUCGAUCAUGCUAUCCGUCGCGAUACCAGCGUCACCCAAACCCCGCGUGUAAUCGGUGCACUCCUCGGAAUCCGCGCUGAAGAUGGCAUGGAGUGUGAAGUGCGCAACUGUUUCGCCAUUCCCCACACCGAGACCGAAGACCAAGUUGAAGUCGAUGUCGAGUAUCAAAAGAAUAUGCUCGCUUUACAAUUGAAGGCCAAUCCUCGCGAAGUGCUUUUGGGAUGGUACACGACUUCUCUUGAACUCAACAGCUUCAGCGCCUUGAUUCAAAACUUCUUCGCUAGUCCCGAAACUGGAACAUUCCCUCACCCAGCUGUCCAUUUGACUGUUAGCACCGAGGCUGGAAAGGAGAUUGAGGCAAAGGCAUAUAUCAGUGCACCAGUUGGUGUAAAUGCUGAGAGGGCGGCUGAGAGUUGUCUUUUCAUUCCAGUGCCAUAUGAGAUUCGAUAUGGUGAAUCCGAGAAGAGUGGUUUGGAGCUGAUUUCUGGUGCUAAGGACAGCGAGAGCCGUGCCGCACCAGUAGUUUCUGAUAUUGAAGGUUUGGAGCGAGCUGUUGACCAAACCCUCGAUCUUUUGGAGAGAGUAUCCGAAUAUGUCAGUUCAGUCCUGGACGAAGAAAGAGAGCCAUCGAAUGCGCUUGGCCAGUUCCUCAUGAAUGCAUUGUCCUUGGCACCAAAGGUUGAUGCUCAAGACAUUGAGCGUGACUUCAACAACCACAUCCAAGAUGUCUUGGUGGUUUCUUACCUCGCCAACACUAUCCGCACUCAAAUCGACCUUUCCCAAAGAUUGGCCACCGCAACUCUCACCAUGGGAGGCUCAGAUGUCCUUGCCACAUCCGGCAGCGGAGAAGGAGGCGAGAAAUCCGAGCAGCGUGGACAGAGAGGCGGCAAGCGUGGAGGAAGAGGAGGCGGCCGAGGAGGCGGACAAACACGAGAGCCCAGGGAGCCAAGAGAGCCAAGAGAGCCAAGGGAACCCGUUGAGUAGUAGACGAUGAUAAAAAUAAAGCCUUUCCAUAAAUUACAAUCUCUGUGCAUGUGGAUGGAAAAGUAUGGCGUUCAGGUAGGCUCUAGGCCGAUACUUAUAGAAUUUCAA